CCUGAGAGAGCGAGAGUUGGUUCUCGUUCUGCAGGAUCCGAGGACCAUCUCCGCUUUGUCAUGGAACUGCGACUUUUACGUGACACGCCCAUCACCCCAGGGCGGAAAAGCAUCUCCCAGUCGUGCUGAUGCAUUGUCCACUGCUGACCCGGAGGCAUUUUCUAGUCUACGGCGUGGUGAUUGAUAUCCAGAGUAUGGCAGUGCUGGAUCCUGCAUGGGCUUGCCGCGAAAUGCUCCCAGUUGCUAUUGAAUUCACAAUCGGUAGUAGAUUUCCGAGGCUGCGUUGGCAGCCAGGCUUCACCGUUCGGAACGUUUCGAGGUGUCCCCACUGAGGCGCUGGUGCACGCCUUGUCACGAGUGAGAGAGCCACUGCCAGUUCGGAGAUAUUACUUUAGAGGCCUUGUAGCUAUUGGACCGCUUUCGAAUUCCGAGCAAGCGUUUUAUGACGUGGUUUGGAAUUCGGAAGUGGGAGUUUUGGUCAGGGAGACCGCUUAUUGAGGCGGUGUCUGCUCCCCCUGGUGUUGGUUUAUUAGGACAUGCGAGCCCAUCGCCGUGGUUAAUAUUUCUGUUGUUCGGACUGGCUCUUAACUUGAAUGAUCACAUGCUUGCUGUCUGAGGCGCAGUUUGCGUGGUCAAUCAAGUCGUCGCAGAGAAAGUCAGUAAGCACACAGUUGUUGAGUUUGUCUUGUUCGCUUCAUUUGCGCUCCGACUAUUCUUUGUUGCUUUCCGUCAAGUCUUGUACAUUUUAGGUUCUGUAGCACUAAGAACGAGAAGUCUAGACCCGAGACUCUCCGUCUCUGCAAACAUCGCUGCAGUUGGCAAAAUUGCACAUGAAUGCGAGACCAUCGAAAGAGAUAAUCCGUACGAACAGGAAACUCUGCUCGGUUCGUACUCCAUUUUUCCACAACCCUGUGACGUUCGGUGAAUUUGAGUUGACUAGACUAUCUUGAGGAGAUCAGAGAGUGAGAUUCGUGAACAUGGGUCGUGCCAAGAUUGAGAUAAAAAAAAUAGAAAAUUCCAGCGCCCGUCAGGUUUGUUUCUCUAAGCGAAGAGGCGGACUCAUCAAGAAAGCUAGCGAGCUCUCAAUUCUUUGCGGCUCUGAGGUAGGCGUGAUUGUCUUCUCGCAGGCGGGGAAAGCCUUCUCAUUCGGCCACCCCUCGAUAGACUACGUUAUUGACAAGACCUUGUCCGGGGAGCUUUCUGACUCCGACAGCGGGACAGCAGUCACUGAUGUUGCGAGCCAGAAGGUGCAGCAAGUCCAAGCGCUCCAGCAUCAACAGAAGCUGCUCACGAAGCUCCUGGCCUCAGAACGGGAGCUGCAGCAUCGGCUGCUAUCCUACCCAUUUUGGUGGCAGAAGCCACUGACGAAUUACAGUCCACAAGAGCUUCAGCACCAGGGGCAGCGUCUGGAUGGGAUUUACGAGAUGCUCAUGAACCGCGCCGCGGCUUUGCAGCAAGACAUGACGGUCGGCACGCCCGUCCAUUCUACACAGAAUAGACGAACCAACACGGAGUCAGGGGACUCGUCGGCAAUCAUGGAGGCAUGUGCAACGCCGAACAUGGCUGAAAUGCACGCGCCGGAGCAGGAGCACGAGACGCCGAUAGACACGCAGGAUUUCCCAAUUAUGACAAACUUGGCAGCAUUGUCGGGGCAAGCAGUUGGGGAUUCUUACGACAGAGAGGUAUCUGAGUUCGUCGAGGGUUGUCUCCCAGAUGGUCCUCUGGCUGCGGCAGACCAUGGCCAGUAUGUUGACAUGAACUCGGCGUCGCCAAGCUGGGAAAAUUUGACGCAACUGUCACGCUCGUUUGACAUGGCACCAGUGCCGAAGCAAGAUAUGGAGACCGCGAAACUAGAGUUGCCUGGGUAAUCUUUCUGCCGAAGUUGAUUCUUGCAAGCUAUUUCGGAAAAUUGCGUCCGCAAUUAGCUUGUUUGAGGAAUGAACCAGAUAUGCCACAUUUAGUACCUUAGCAGCGCUAUGGGAGGAGAAACUCUUGUCGUACGUGCAAUUGAAUAUCACGGCAUGCUGGAGACCGCCAAUGACUUUUGGAGUGGUGACCGAGUACAGGAGUUUUUAUUUAUUUAUUAUUGUAGAAUUUUUGUAUUUAUUCGCAAAACGAGUGGCCGGAAUCACAAUCACAUCGGUGGAAUAUGUGAGCUGUGGCAUGUUUGUGAUAUGUUGAGUAAAAUUCCCAAGUAGAUUUCAGUUGAGUUUGACUGGUAUUUACAUUUUUGUUA